UUAUUUCAGUUUAGGAGCGAAGAGAUCAUUUCAAACAGGUUGUCCCUUCCUUCAAACCUUCUAAAUGAAGACAAAGUACAUGAUGUCCUUUUGGUGGGUAGCUGUGAUGGUCCAAAGGGAGGAAAGCCUAGCGCGGUAAGUGCAGAGGUGUGGCCCUCGUGACAGGUAGAUGGGGAGGAGCUGAGCUACCUGUGCAGAGCAGGCAGUCGGGACACAGUGAACUGUACACCUGCUGCAGUUCCCAGGCAGGCGCUCUCUCUCUCUCUCUUUCUACCCUCCUGUUCUCCUUCGCUGACCUGAAGAAAAGGGGGGAACUGACAGGCUCACCAUGGAACCCAGGGAGGCCGGCGGGAGCGAGAAGGACAAGGAAAGGGUGAUCAAGAGAAGAAACCGGCCCGUGUUCCUCCGGUACCUGGAGAGGAGAAAGACGGACACUAUAGUGGCUGAUGACAUGGCCAAAGGUGACAUCAACCUGGGGACGCUGGUGAGGAGGAGUCAGUCCGACAAGACGGAGUACAGCGCUAAACUUAAAGAGAAACUGAUGCCGCUGUCAGCUCUCCCCUCGCCGGUGCUGGACCUGGAAGAUAUCCGGACGAGGAAGAUGAGCCGCAGGGCGAAAGUGAUAAAGGAGCUUGUGCAAACUGAGGAGGACCACCUGACUGACAUGGAACUGUGUAUCAGAGAAGUUGUCCAGCCUCUACGAGCGUUACAGGUUGUUGACGUGGACCGACUUUUCACCAACAUGGAGACGGUGUGUGAGGUUUCUGCAGCUCUUCUUCACAGACUGCAUGUGGCCAUGUCUGAACCAGAUCCAGAAGCAGUCGUCAUAGGUGAUGUAUUUAUUCAGGCAAAGGCAGCUUUGGAGGAUGUAUAUAAGAUUUACUGUUAUCACCACGACGAUGCCAACAUGUCACUGAAAGCCUACGAGAAGGAGGAACAAAUAAAGCAGCAUUUUACAACGUGUAUCUUAGAGCUGAAAAAAAUCUAUGACCAAGAAGGAAAACCCAAUUUGCUGGACAUGGGCUCCCUGCUGAUCAAGCCAGUCCAGAGGAUCAUGAAGUACCCGUUGCUUCUGGGGGAGCUUUGGCAGGCCACUCCUGAAGACCACAUUGACUACCUGCCCCUGCAGGAGGCUCUCACCGCUGCCAAGAUCAUAAACGUCAACAUCAACGAGUUCAGGAGGCGGAAAGACAUAGUUAUGAAGUACAAGAGGUUAGAAAGCGAUGAAGGCACACUGAGGGGCAAACUAAACAAGAUAAACAUCCACUCCCUGCGGAAGAAAGGGGACAGGUUCGCCGGUUAUCUCAAGAUCCUCACUGGCGUGGAGCCGCAGGUGAGAGAUGAAGUGUUCGACAAGGAAGAGAAACUUUUCAGGAGUCUGGAGAAAGCUGUGAGGCAACUGGCCAAGAACGUCACCUGCUACGUGCAACACAUUCAGGAGAUGGUGCCUGUCGCUGUUCAGAAUGUGAAGGACAUGGAAAACCUCCUCGCGGAUCCGUGCAAAGCAGACACCAACGGCUCGUCGCACAGGAACGGCAACGACCCAUAUAAGCACUUUAAGGACCGAAUGGAGCAGUUGGUCCUGGCCCCCCUCACCUCUCUGCAGGGCAUGUUCACGGCCCCGCAGAAGCUCAUCCAGAAGCGUUACGACAAACUGCUGGAUUACUGCUGCCGCCUGGAGCGCUCCUCCUCCUUUUCGUCCUCGUCCUCCACCUCUGAAGCCCCUCCCGGUCCCGCCAAGAGGGACUACGAAGCCAUCAAUGCUCUGCUCGUGGAGGAGUUGCAGAGGUUCAACGUGGCGGCGUAUACUAUCCUGAUCAACUGUGUGCUGUGUCUGGUGGCCCUGCUGAGGGGACUGAUGGGUAAAGCGCUGGUUGGUGCUCCGACUGUUCACCAGCUGCCUCCUCCACUGUCAAACAUCGCUGAGGUACAGAACAGCAUCAUGGAUGAGCUGUACAGUCUGACGUUUGUCAAGGACAAUGCCCAGAAGUUAAUGGAGAGAAAGGUCAGCUUUGAGAGGCAAAGAGACAAGAAAACAGCGGUGCCGGAGGUGCAGCGUCAGACCGAGGAACAGCGCGCCUGGCUGCUGGCGGAGUACCCGGCGAACCGCCUCUUCCAGCUGAAGAGGAAGUGCAAUGGCUGCCAGGAGCAGGACCUCAGCCUGCUGGAGGGUGAGCUGGUGGCCCUGCUGGAGGAUACGGACCCCUUAGGCAGCAGCACCCGUUGGCUGGUGCACACCGGAGGUGACCAAGGCUAUGUCUACUCGACAUUCCUGAAGCAGUACAACCCCCUGAGGGACUCCCAGCGUGCCAACCAGAGGGCCAAAGAGCAGCAGCAGCCUCCUGUCAUCAUGGACGAGGACUUUGACGACAUCAGCCUGUUCGUGUCGCCCAGCGGCGGCGGCAGCAUGCGCAGCGUCAGCCUCAACACCAUGGACAGCGGCUCGAUGCUCUCAGGUCUGCAGGGAGAGCUGGAGAACCCUGAAGAACUGGAGGAGUCGGUGGAUGGAGACACCCAACAGUAUUAUGCCGUGUAUGCAUUUCAAGCCCGCUGUGAACAGGAGCUGUCCCUGCAGGAGUACCAGCACGUCCGCAUACUCCAGUUUUGUGACGUGGGGGGCAACAAACAGUGGUGGCUCGCUGAGGCCAAUGGACAGAAGGGAUACGUCCCUGCUAAUUACCUCGGCAGAAUGUCCUAUGCUUAAAUCUACUGUGUUUUUAAAAUAUAUAUAAAUAUUGUUUUAUUUUUUAAAUGGCAAAAAGAAAAACACCAAAAAAUACAAUCUUAAACUUUGACAGCUCCAGGUGGUUUUUAGUGAAAUCCAGUUGAUAAGCAAAACAUAUUAGUUCUGACUUAAUACCCAACUUUUAAAAAAAAUAAAAAUAAUAUCAUACAUUUUGAAAAUUAUGGAUUUGAGUUUUAUACUAAAGCCAUGCAUAUAAGAGCAGCUAUAAUAGCAUGUUUAUUGCUUUGUCGCAUCAGCUCCUAGUACAUUAUUUAAAAAUGAUUCAACAAACAGCCCAUUUAGAUGUGCCAUUGAUCAGCAGUAAUGGCUUCUCUUGUUUUUGUAAGUGAUGCUGUGGACUAAAGGAGUCCCAUACCACCAGAUGCUGAUGUUUACAGCAGUGUCUGUGAUAAGUUCAUUUGUCACCGCCUUUAGCCAGAACAGGGCACUCAUCAUUUCCAAAGAUUAUUUCAUAUUUUUAAAAUGGAGUGGCACAAGGUUCUUGUAAGCCACAAUGUAUUUAAUAAAAGAUUAGAUACUUGGUUUUUUUAGUUUUCAAAACCACCUGCCUUGUUUUUCAGUAAACAUUAUGGCAGGACAAGGUGGGGUAUUUGGUGUUGCUCAGGGACACAGAGUGGCAGUCUGUGAGAUUCGAACCAGGGAACCUGCAAAAAAAAUGCAAGCAUCCUGCUCAAACCACUGGGUCGCCACUCUCGUCAUAUUGCUCCACACUCACUUUUUUUUUUUUACAGAACAUCCCCAUUUUCAAAACUAUGAGAGUACAAAGGAAAAUCAAUAAUUCCAGUUAAAAUUUUGAGUUUGACUUAUAUGAAACUUAUUGUGUUUGUUUUUAUUGUAGGUUUUUUAUUUCUAAAAAAAAAAAAAAAAAAACUGAAAAAA